GAGAGGACGACGCGUCUCCACCGCUGCUCCAUCUCUAAAGGACGCCUCAGUGUGGUUCACCAGCUGGUCGGCUCUCUGACUGCAGCUGUCCCAGCUCGCCAUGGCUCUGUGUGGGGGUGUCGGAGCCAUGGCUUUACCCAGCGAGCUCAUCGUGCACAUUUUCUCCUUUCUGUCCGACCGGGACAAGCUCCGGGCCUCGGCCGUGUGCUCCCGGUGGAGGGAGUGUCUCUUCUACCCCGCGCUGUGGACCGAGCUCAAGCUCCGGGUAGGUGGAGGCUGUAACGGAGGUGGCUCCAGCUCCGAGGAGACCCCGAAGCUGGAGUUUCUCAUGCGUAAAUUCGGCUCCUUCGUGCGGGAGCUGCAGCUGGAGCUCGCCCCGGUGGAGGGCUACCUCAGCCCCCUGAGCAGCGACGCGUCGUGCGCCAGGAUGGAGCAGCCCGACGGCGACCCGCAGCUCUCCGGCCGGUGGAGGGACGCCAUGGCCACCUACUUGGACCAGGUGUUGUGUGUGUUCUCCAGCAUCCGCAACAACAGAAACCUGCGUAGGCUGAGUCUGUAUGGAGACACCUGUGUUCUACAGCAGGAGGGACUUUUGGACAGCUCCAACCUGCACCAAAUUCACCAGGGGGACAAAAAGAUCAAUGAAAUCCAGCAGUUGUUCAUGGAGGUGUUGUCUAACAGCAGGCACAUGAGGUGGUUGUCCUGUAGCUUCAUGCUGGGUCUGGUGACUCCCUGCUCCUUAGCCUGCCUGUCAAAUCCUUCAGCGGAGACCCUGCAGCACCUCAGUUUACUGGACCACCAGCUGGGCCCCCUCAUCUCGCCGUCAGAGUUGGAUCGUCUAUCCAAUAUUCAUUCUUUGGCUCUGGAUUUUGCUGAUUUGACAUCUGAGCUUUGCAGUCUGCUGGCAUCUCCUCGUCGAACUCCGCUGCAUCGCCUCUCCCUGCUGCUCAACGGCGCCGCCCUGGAAUUCAAACCGUUAGAAGGGACCGCCACAGAGGACGAUUGGAAAGCACUGAUACGUGUGAGUGCCAACCUGCGGGUGUACAUCAUGGCCCUGGAGGUUGACAGCUCAGAGCUCCUCAGGGUCCUAAAGCCUAGCCUCCCUCUGGAGCGCCUCCACCUCGACAGUUACAGCACGCUGGUAACCGACGCCACAUUGGAGUUCAUCUCUCAGCAGUACAACAAAACGCUGACUCACUUCCUGCUCUUGAGGGACGACCCCGACUUCCCUGACCUCAGCAUCAGUCGGAACGAGGACCCGCUGGUCCUCAUGGCAUGGAGAUGUACUCAGCUGGCUGUGCUGGUGAUACAUGGUUACACUGUUUGGUCCCAUAAUCUGGUGGCCAUCUCCCGGCUGCGAGGCUCCAGCCUCCGCGUCCUGACGGUCUCUGAGGAGAGCAUCGACUUCGAUCCGGACCAGAUGGUGUGCAUGGAGGGCGACCCGGUCCACAACCUGGUCAAAGAGGUUUCCCUUGGCCUCGGCCGUGUCUGGCACCCCUGCCUGGAUUCCAGCCUGGUUUUGUCCGAGCCCACCCAGCACUUCCACCGCGAGCUGCACGCCUUUAGCGUCGGCAUGUAGGCAGGGAUGGCACGUCCUACACGUCGCAGCCUAAAAUGGGUCAAGACCAGGCCAGACCGACCAAAGUCCAGGUCAACUCAGACCUCUGAAACCAGGCCAAACGCAGACCUAAGUGAGAAAUCUAAACUGGAUCUUUAAACAAUCUAUGAAUUACAUUUCUGUGAACUGAUGAGCUGAUUGUUUUUAUUAGACUUUUAUUUCUUGUGUUUCUUUCACAGGGGUUUUAGCACACAAUCAAGUCAUUUUUUCCAAAACAUUCCCUGUUUUCUUGCUUUGCCUCCUGAUUAUCUGGUUAGCCCGUGACUUAAAGCACAUUUUCCAAUCAACAUUAUUCCUUUUCAAAUUGGAUAUUUUAAUUAAAACUCUAUAUUCAUUCAAUUUGAAGUCACACCAAUCUGUGGUCCCUGACUACAGACGAGACUUGAGUCAUGACCAUUUUUAUUAACGAUCUGCUAAAAUGGGUCGCUCCCACCUCUUCAAAUGCCCUCUUUGUCUGGCUUGGCCCAGUCUGGUCUGGUCUUGAUCGACAAGUAUUCAGAGCUCGAUGUCUCUCCCUCACCUUAAUAACCUCCAGAGCCUCUGUAUGAUGUAACUUUGAUUUUUUUCAUUUUUUUCUUUUGACUGUUUCUCAUCUCAACCUGCUCUGUAUAACCAUGUUUUUUUUCCCGUGUGGUGGUUCCCUUGCCUGUAUAGGCUUUGUGUGUAUUUAAAUACAGAUAUAUUAUUAUCCUGCUCACAGCUAGAACAGGCAGGCAGGUUUAGUGAUGGGCCGGUUGGGAUUUAAGAGGGGGAUGCUUUAGUUGUGAACAUAUAUUUUUCUUUUCUUUUUCUUUUUAAACCUUUGCGCCGCGUUGGUCUGUCUGUCAGCUCCACUCUAGCAAACAUUGGAGUUUUGCAAACUAACCAAUCAAUCAUUUCCUGGGUAACACAACCAUAGCUGCUUCUUUUGUUGCACCUUGUGCACUUGUCCACUAGUUUGAGAACCUUGCCAGCAGGGUGGGAAUCUCCACUGUAAUGUGGCUGACUGUGGCGGGUGCUAAUCAGUUUUAAUGCUGUUUACCAGAAACAACCAUGUCAGUGCUAUGACUCGAAUAUUAUGCUCCUUUUUGAAUGGGUUUUAUUGAGGGUUUGGAGGCCUUUGCUGGUGGUGUUAUGGAGAAUAUUGUUACGUGCUUGCAGGCGACACACUUCCCACCCUGCUCACCUGUGGAUCUUUUGUGAAACCUCGCUAGUAGAUUAAAUUGGCGGCCUCGUCUUCCGACCGACGUUCAGAGCCAAACUAUAGAAUUCAGCCCGUUACUAUACGACACACUGUUCCACUUGGAUCUGUAGAGAGCUCGUAGUUGCAUCUUUUUUUCUAUUUUCAGGAUGAAUACAGCUGCCUUUGCUCACCUUUUUUAGAGGUCAACACUUUCUGACUGGUAUCAUUG